AAAGAAGUGUUACUUGCAAGAGUCGUGCUUUGUAAUGGUGCCAAAUAAGGAUAAUUCUCGAAGGUAUAAUUUCAGCCAGGCGAUGGCGCAGUCGGCGCGGCCGGGCGCGUGGGAGGCGCGGCUGGAGGCGCUGGCGGCCGCAGUCAGCUCCCACACGCGCCGCAUGCGCCGCACCGGCAGCGCCCAGGUCGACAAGAACGAGGUGGUACGCAAACUCGGCGAGUUGUUUGCCUUACGCCACACCCUCAACGUGGAGUCGGAUCUGCUGGACACGCCGGACUUCUACUGGGAGCAGGAGGAGCUGGAGCGCCUCUACUCCAGCACCGUCGCGUACUUCACCAUACCGAGGAGGACCAGGGUUCUGAACGAGCGGCUGGCCCACUGUGUGGAACUGUUGGAGCUGCUGUCCUCGUGGGCGGCGGACAGGCACCACGUGCGGCUCGAGUGGAUGGUGAUCGCUCUCAUCCUGGCUGAGGUCUGCUUCGAGCUGAUGCACUUCUACGAGAGGAGUCAUACUCGGGAACGCCCCAGAGGCUUCGACCGUCCUACCUUUACCAGCGAACUGGAAGAGAAUCUAUUCCAAGACUUAUCAAUAGUGGACACGUAGGGGAAUAUUAAGAGAACGUGUUUUAAGUGUUGCGUGUUCAAAAUAUUAUCAAGGACUAUCUUAGUGCAUGAAGAGAGAAUGGCAACCCCACGUGCUAAUGGUUUAGUGAGGGAUGAGUUUUUAAUAUACAUGAAUUUACUGGGUACGGAGGAAUAACACCUGAGUCGUCAGGAAUGGCAACGCAUGGGGGGUAUCAUGGGCGAAACAGUAUACUCUGUUAUGUCCAUGGUACUGCUCAUGUCUGUAGGCGACGGUUAUCACUUUCCAUUAGGAGGGCCGUUAGCUCGUUUGCCCUCUAAGUUGUAUACAAAAAAAUGUGUAAAUGGAAUGGUAACCCCGCAUGCGCUAUCGGUAUACACUGGCGGGGCACCAGUUGCAGAUGAUGGGUGAGGAUGAAAGCAGAUAAGUUGGCUCAUAGUGAUGAAUUCUGCUAGAAUCCAUCACGGUGGUUUCCAUGUAAAACCGCGUGGAGGUCGACAUGAUGGGAUACGUUACAUACUAGCCAUGGGGCUAAUAGACUUUAUUAACCCUCUGACCCCGUAUUGUUUCGCCUCAUUUCCGCACUUUGCUUUGACAACAAAUAGCAGUACGGGAUGCACGCUCAGAGGGUUACAAUCCUUGUGAUGAUAGGUGAGGAUGAAGCCAGACCAGUUGGUUUAACGUGAAGAAUUAACCAUUAUACAUUCCAGGGAGGGAGGCCACGUAGAGGUCGAUCUGAUGUGGUAUUUUUUUUUUAAUGGAAGACAGUGAAAUGGUUACCCUUCCUGUGCUAUCAGCAUACACUGAUAGGGCACCAGUGAAGGGUGAUAGGUGAGGAUGAAGCAGGUCAGUUGGCCCAUCGUGACGAAUUCAACAAGAAUUGUUCACGAUGGUUUUCAGGGGGAACCACGGGGAGGUCGACCUAAUAGGUCGUAUUGCUAGCAAUGGGGUUGUCAAACUCCAUUGCUAGCAAUCCCUCCCCUUCUAUCGACGAUCUUCAUGGCGCAGUGGCUGUGCUUUGUAUAUCUGAGGUCCCGUGUUCGAAUCUCUGUCCCGCCAUUUUGUUAUAUGAUAUUUUCUAUAUUUGCCCAUUCAUGACUGGUUCUUAAUGGGUGAUAAUGGAAUGGUAUACGCUGGCGGGGCACCAGUGAGGGGUGAUAGGUGACGGUGAAAGCAGGUCAGUUAGCCCAUCGUGACGAAUUCAACAGGAAUUAUUCACGAUGGUUUCCAGUAGGAACCACGUGGAGGUCGACCUGAUAAGGCAUAUUGCUAGCAAUGGGGCUGUCAAACUCUAUUGCUAACAAUCCCUUUCCCCCCGCUCAUGGUUAGGUAAGGUAUAUAUGAAGUGUCGGUAGGUUUAGUGUUAAAAUGAUUGGUUUUAAUGUAAUAAAUACCGGUUUAAUUUAUCUCUGACGGUCCCACUAGUGUCUACAGCUUGCGCUCAGCGAGCCGAGGCGCGCAUUCAGCUUCGCGCCGCGUCACAGCCGCUCAUGAUUAAGGAUCACGAAUUGAUCCUGAAACUAGUCUAGCUUUCUCUAGCUAAUUAUACUAAUAAUAGGAUCUUCAUCGUGCCUCUAAUCAAACUGUUCAUAAUUACUCCUCACCAUCCAAAGGUUGCCUGCAAGAGAUCGCUCUCAGCGAUAAAGUCGCCCAUUGUUCUCUCAUUGUGAUUAUUUCUUGUAAUUGUUUAUAUCUAUAAUAAGUUUACUAUUGUAAUCUUUUGGAGGAAACAAUAAAGAGUAUCUAUCUAUCUAUCUGUCUAUACGUAAGCUAAACCGGCAGUUAUUAUAUUAAAAUAUAAUAUGUCCUUUGUAAAACCAAAUGUUUGCUAAACUCUUAACAAUAAAAUUGAUUUGUGUAUAUAGAAUAAAAAUAAAUAAUUAAUAAUGUUGUAAUAAAAAAAAAAAUAGAAUCAUGUACAAUA